UGUUUCUUCUUGCCCAUCAGUGGCUUCUUCCAUUAGAGAAGAUUCCAUUGAAACACAAGUUGAUAUCUUUGCUUCCUUUUGGGUCCUCCCCCUUUGCACCAUUUGGCCAAAGCCGAGUUUAGCGUCGCACAUAGUUUACAUCUCUAAACUCUAGAGUGGUAGAAACUACAAACUCAAUGGCAGGGCAAAUGGACCCAGAAUCUGAUUCUGGUGCCGGCCGUUUACGUAUGAAUUUAUAUGCAACCACUCUUUGCCUUGCCUAUCAGAGUCUUGGUGUUGUUUAUGGAGAUCUUAGUAUAUCCCCGAUAUAUGUUUUCAAAACUACAUUUUCUGGUGGUUUACAACUUUAUGAGGAGGAUCUUGAGAUUCUUGGGGUACUUUCCAUGGUCUUUUGGAGUUUGACUCUUAUUCCUCUCUGCAAAUACAUUAUAUUUGUGUUAGCAGCAGAUGACAAUGGCGAAGGUGGAACAUUUGCUUUGUAUUCAUUACUAUGCCGACACUCAAGGAUGGGCCUUUUGAAUACAGUUGAUCCUCCUCAAGAGCAUAUAUCUUCUUGCAGAUCUGAAAUGUCAAAGGAUACAAAAAUAAGCUUACUCAUAAAAGAUUUUUUUGAGAAGCAUAAGAGUUCUCGAAUAGUAUUGGUGCUUGUAGUUUUUUUAGGGAUCGGCAUGGUAAUUGGUGAUGGUAUUCUCACCCCAACAAUGUCUGUUCUUUCUGCGGUCUAUGGAAUUAAAGUCAAAUUCCCAGAAUUACAUGAGAAUUAUACCGUGCUCCUUGCUUGCAUCAUCUUGGUUAUCCUUUUUGCUCUACAGCAUUAUGGGACACACAGAGUUGGGUUUCUUUUUGCUCCAAUCAUGACAGCAUGGCUGCUAUGCAUUAGUGGGGUGGGCAUUUACAAUAUAUUUCGUUGGAACCCUGGUGUUAUAUGUUCUCUCUCACCACACUAUAUCUACAAGUUCUUUAAAAAAACUGGAAAAGCUGGGUGGAGUUCCCUUGGAGGCAUUGUUCUCUGUCUCACAGGUGCAGAAGCAAUGUUUGCUGAUCUUGGCCAUUUUUCCAAACUGUCCAUCCGGGUUGCAUUUACAGGGCUUGUUUAUCCUUGCUUAAUUUUGGCGUACAUGGGCGAAGCUGCUUUUCUGUCCAAGCACAAAAUGGAUCUCCAUAGAAGCUUUUACCUGGCCAUUCCUGAGGUUAUCUUUUGGCCGGUAUUCAUCAUUGCUACUCUUGCUUCUGUGGUGGGAAGUCAAGCAAUAAUUUCAGCUACCUUCUCAAUAGUCAGUCAGUGCAGGGGACUACGGUGCUUCCCGCGUGUGAAGAUAAAACAUACAUCAAAUCAGAUACAUGGGCAGAUUUAUAUUUCUGAGGUGAACUGGAUUUUGAUGGUAUUGUGUCUUGCUGUUGUCAUCGGAUUUCGAGACACUGCCAUGAUAGGCAAUGCAUAUGGGCUUGCUGCAGUGACAGUAAUGUUAAUCACAACCUGCUUGAUGUUUUUUAUUAUUAGUACUGUUUGGAAGCAAAAUAUUCUUGUGGCAUUCUUGUUCGUCAUGAUCUUUGGAUCUCCUGAGCUGCUCUAUGUUUCUGCAUGCCUCAGUAAAGUACAUAAAGGAGGCUGGCUUCCCCUUCUCUUUGCUCUAAUAAUGGUGUCUUUGAUGUCUAUAUGGAAUUAUGGGACUAUAAAGAAAGAUGCAUUUGAGCUAGAGAACAAGGUGCCCUUGGAUAGGCUUCUAAGCGUUGGCCAAAGCAUAGGUAUUUCAAGGGUCCCUGGAAUCUGCCUAGUCUAUUCUAGCGUUGCCUCUGCUCUCCCACCAAUGUUUGCACAUUUCGUCACAAACUUCCCAGCAUUCCAUAAUACUCUCAUAUUUGUGACCCUCAAGUCUUUGAUGGUUCCAAAAGUUCCGGUGCAUGAGCGUUUUCAUGUCAAUCGGGUCGGCCCACCAGAAUUGCUCCUUUUUCGGUGUAUUGUAAGGUAUGGAUACAAGGAUGUAAGAGAUUGCUACAAAUUUGAAACCCAACUAGUUGAAGAGGUGGAACAGUUCCUGAAACAGGAGGCCCAUAGCAAAGAGAUGGCAGUCAGAGAGCAGCCACCGAACCGUCUAUCUUCUGCGGUGGGAGAUGAGGUUAGCAUUGCCAGUCCUGAGCAGUGGAGAAACAAGAUUAAGGAUGGCAAUGUUGAGUGUCAAGAGGUGAACACGCUUAAGGAGGCCAGGGAAGCUGGCGUGGUUUACAUGAUUGGAAAUAUCUAUGUUAUGGCGCGUCCCAUAUCGCCUUUCCUGAAGAAGUUUGCAAUUGACUUUGUCUACGGUUUUCUGAGACGGAAUUGCAGGCGUCCAGCAAUUGCUCUUGGGAUUCCUCACCCCUCACUGAUCGAAGUGGGAAUGCUUUAUCAGGUGUAACUUUAGCACGGAGUAAGUAACCCUCAAGGCCUCAUAGGCAAGUGAGGAGCUAGUUAGCUGUUCAAAAAACAUUGUUCUUUUUACCAAAUCAAAGCUUUUACUUGAUGAAGGAAUUAGACUGAGGAAAAUAAGUUUAGCUAUGUACAUGGAGUAGAUUUUAGUUGAUAGCAGAAAAUAGGCGACACCAACAACCACCCCUUUAACGUACAUGAUGUGAUGUAUACUUGAACACAGUUUUUUCUUCCCCUUUU